AUGGUCGUAGCCCAAGGAUCCAAACAAUUGAUCUCUUUGCAUCCUCUUUUAUGUCGAUUCAGGAACUAUCCUGUGCAUUUGGUGAUAUUGGGGGACUUGACGAUGGAAAGUGUGCAACAUGCAUUGAAAGAAACAAACUGUGGCGGUGUUCAUGUGCAUGAUUUCACUGCCAUCAAGGAAGGUUUUGAGGAUACUAGUAUUGGAAGAUUGGUCAAAGUAGUUCAGCCUCGUGUCUUGAUUCAAAUCCAACACUUAUCUCCCAUGUAUCAUGCUAUUCAAUCGAUUGCCAAAAUGUAUCAAAUUACGGAAAUUGGGUUACCUGAAAAGGAGAUUGUUCAUGCUUUAUGGAUUCCUGAUCUUUCUUUGGACGCUUUACAAUACUGGAACCAGGUUCGUAUUAAGCUGGUAGUAAUCACUGACCGAAGACCCCAUUCUUUGUCCCGUCUUUUACAGUCUGCCGCUAAAUCGGUGUAUGUGGGAGACCAAGUGGAUUUGACUGUGCAUAUGGAACAAUCGGCGGAUCGCGUAACUCGCAUGUUAGUCAAUAGUUUCAUGUGGCGUCAAGGCCAAAAGAUGAUCCGUCACCGUAUUCGUAAGGGAGGAUUGAUGCCAGCCAUUGUUGAAUCAUGGUAUCCUAGCAACAAUGAUGAAUACGCUGUUCUUUUGGAGGAUGAUAUUGAAGUGUCACCCUUAUUUUAUGUCUGGUCGAAAUAUGCUAUUUUAAAAUACAGAUACAGUGGUAACAGCGAUGCGUAUCGAUUAAUGUACGGUAUUAGUCUUUAUGCACCUCGUAAUCUGGAAUUGGUGCCUGCCGGUCGUGUUACGUUUGAUCCCAACGAUGUUUUAUUACCCGCAGGAUACCCUGAACAUGUGCCUUAUGCCAGUCAAAUUCCUUGUAGUUGGGGUGGUGUUUACUUUCCCGAACAUUGGAAAGAGUUCCAUUCGUACUUGGUAACACGCUUAAAUGAUCUUAAUUUACCCAAGGACCAUACGGAACGUUUGAUUAGUGUACCAGGUAGUCGAUCCGAUAAAUGGAAGAAAUCAUGGAAGAAAUACUUUAUCGAGAUGGUCUAUUUACGUGCCUCUGUCAUGCUCUAUCCUAAUUUCCAAGGCUUUGAAGCGUUCUCUACCAACCAUGUAGAGUUCGGUACUCAUGUCAAAUCGGAGAAGAGAUCGUCAGUGAUCGGCACAUUUAUGGUGCCUUUGAUGCAACGCGACACCAUCUUGUCCCAAUUACCCAACGGAAGUUUACCCCUAUUUGAAAACUUACCGGUAUUAGAUUUAUGGGGCCAGGUACAGUCUCUGGAUAUUUUGGAGGACAUUGCAAGCAAAUAUCAUGCUCAUAUCUCUACAUGCCCGCGUACAUUUGGCACGUUUGAUCCUCAAGAGUUCUUUUGUCGUGUGGAUGGACCACCUGAUAAACCUCAAGAAUUCCCCAUGGGCGCCAAGACGCCCAAACCUCCGGUAUUGAUCAAGGAUGCAGUGCAGCCCAUUAACUAUCGUCCUGUAUACGAGUAUACUGAAGAAGAGGAAGAGAUUGGCCGUGCGGAAUGGCUUGAGUUUGGUCCUAAACCCAUUGAUGUUGCUCAGUUGCCGUUUGUUGAGGAACGUUUCUCCAAUAAGGAUGAUGAGAUGUUGGAUCUGGAGAAUGAUUUGGAUACUUUGAAUCGAUUGUAUUUGAAGUUAAAUCCUGAAAACCUCGAGUUCCUCAAGGACGAGAUGUAUGAUAUGGAGGAGGAAGAGGAAGAAGAGGAGGAGGUAGAAACAGAUGAAUUAGAUAUUUAG